AGUUGGUUAGCCAAACAUGCACAGUAAGAGAGAUGAUCAGGGAAACGAGUCGAAGAAAACCAUCAUAAUUCAUUUCAAACAGGAAGUGUAAGAACACACAGUCAGUGAAGGUUUCCCAGUGUACAGCAUUUCUGGAGCCGUGGACCAGAACCUUAUGUGGUGCUAUAGACCAAGUAGCGGUGCUGGUACCGGUACUGAAGGCUUGCUCGGUUCCUGAAACGUAUGGCAGGAAGUCAGAUAGCAGAUCUAGGUCUUGUCCUAGCUGAAGGUCAGAGGUGAAACCUCUGAACUCCUUUACUGAGUGUUGUCAUGCUGGAUUGACCUGUCUAAGCCUUAGACAAGGGCACCCUUCUGAUUUUAUAAAGUGUCCCAGCAUUUGGACAUCAGUCCUUGCACAUCAGUCCUCCAUCUUCCUUUAACAUUUCUGGCCCCUUCAAGGGGGACAGAAAGUCACUCCUAAUUGUGCCUCUUCACCCUGUACUCUUCAAAUUUGAUGCACUUUCAGUCAAAUACUCUUUUUACCAUCUCUGUCUUAAAUAAUUUUAAAGUCAUUAAAUUUUAGAUCCCGUUCUUUAACUCCAAUCCAUUUCUCCAUUUUUAAAAUUUUUUUUUUAGUCAUCUUGUAUCCAUACCAUUGUCGCACAAGAUUCCACAUUUUAAUUCAACUCACCCUUUACAGCCAAAGUGUGUGCCUCUGUAUUUGAUCACUGCAAGACCUGGAAAUCAAGCCACUAGGCAGCAGUUUUGUUUUUGCAGUUUGUGCAUGGAAUCAGCCUAAUCGUGGAGAGGCCAGGCUACCACAAACUGAUGGACUUUGACAAGCGUGGAGUUGGUGGAGGAGGGGGUGGAGGGAAAGGGGAGGCUGAAGAUGGGAAGAGGAUGUCUGGGAAGGCAGGGGGAAGAUCAGGACACAGUGGCCGAGUUGCUGGCUCUGGCUCAGGAGUUCUGAUGGUUGGGCCAAACUUCCGGGUCGGAAAGAAGAUCGGGUGUGGGAACUUUGGAGAACUACGACUUGGAAAGAACUUGUACACCAAUGAAUAUGUGGCCAUCAAACUGGAACCCAUCAAGUCCCGAGCACCACAAUUGCAUCUAGAAUAUCGCUUUUACAAACAACUGGGAAGUUCAGAGGGCGUACCUCAGGUGUUUUACUUUGGACCAUGUGGGAAAUACAAUGCCAUGGUUCUGGAGCUGCUAGGACCCAGCCUAGAAGACCUGUUUGACCUCUGCGACAGGACUUUCUCUCUAAAAACUGUACUCAUGAUAGCCAUACAACUGAUAACCCGAAUGGAGUUUGUCCACACCAGGAGCCUCAUCUAUCGAGACGUGAAACCUGAGAACUUCCUGGUGGGCCGACCCGGCUCCAAACGGCAACACACCAUUCACAUCAUAGACUUUGGCCUUGCAAAAGAAUACAUAGACCCUGAGACAAAGAAACAUAUCCCAUACAGAGAACACAAGAGUUUGACUGGAACUGCCAGAUACAUGAGCAUCAAUACACAUUUAGGGAAAGAGCAAAGCAGAAGAGAUGACCUGGAAGCUUUAGGCCAUAUGUUCAUGUAUUUUCUGCGGGGCAGUCUGCCAUGGCAAGGACUAAAAGCUGACACUCUGAAGGAACGCUAUCAGAAAAUAGGAGACACGAAGCGAGACACACCGAUAGAGGUGCUCUGUGAGAAUUUCCCAGAAGAGAUGGCCACAUACCUGCGAUAUGUGCGGCGGCUGGACUUUUUCGAGAAGCCAGACUACGAUUAUCUGAGGAAACUCUUCACAGACCUCUUCGACAGGAGCGGAUACAUCUUCGAUUAUCAGUAUGACUGGACCGGAAAGCCACUGCCGACUCCUAUUGGUCCUGUGGCGACUGAAACUCCACUUCAGACAAGCAACCGGGAGAAAGCACCUCAAACCAAAAACCAGUGUAGCAAGAGACUGAUUGAAGAGAGGAGAGGAAAAGAGAGCGACUGAUAGAACAAAGUGAGAGAGAGCAGAGGAAAAAGGCAAGAGUAAGAAGAGUUGAAGAGAGAGGAAAGAAAUAGAAAGAUAAAAAAAGAGUAAAGCAAAGAGUAUAGGCAGAGUGUUGGAAAUCAAAAGGUGGAGCAGGAAGAAGACAAAAAACCGAAUACUGGUAAUUACAAGAUGGCUCUUUCAAAGAAGAGGAAGUGUCAUUUCACAGAAAAAUUACAAGCAGAAUUUCCAUUUCUUCGUCCUUGUCGACCAGACCAAGAUGACACAUUGGUGCACUGCACCCUUUGUAAGUCAUCAUUUUCUAUUGGCAGUGAUGAAAGAUUUGCUGUGGUGUAGCAUCAGCAAACAAAGAAACACAAAGCCUCUUUAACUGCUAGUGUAGGUGUUCCCUCUGUCACAACAUUCUUCAAAAAGGUAGAACCUUCUCAAAAAGAAUAUGAUUUAGCUAUGCAGGAGGGAAUCCCAGCAUAUCACACAAUGAAACACAAUUGUAGUUACCGGUCUAUGGACUGCACAGCACAACUGACAAGGAAGCUUUAUGAGCCAAUGUUUUCAUGUGCAAGGACGAAAGGUGAUGCCAUAGUUAGGAACAUUUUUGCACCAUAGGCAUGACUAUGCUAACAAAGGAUCUAGAGCAGGUUGAGUUUGUGUCCCUGUCUAUAGAUUCCUCCAAUCAUGGGCAUUUGAAGCUUUUACCAAUAAUAGUAAGAUACUGCAAAAUAUAUGAUGGCAGCAUGUCAGUAGAAAUAAAACUGCUUGAUUUUGUUGAGCUCAAAGGAGAAACGGCAGAAGAACUUGCAGCUCAGAUCCUGGUGGUGAUUGAAAAAUACAACCUCGAAAAACACAAACACCAAUUUUGUAGGACUGAAUAGGGCUUGAAGGGUAAAUGUUUACACCAAGGUAAAAGAUUCUCUGCAGCGGGAGGUGAUUGGCCUGGGUUGUCCUGCCCACAUCAUUCAUAGUGCAACAAGAACAGCUUUAGAUACCAUUCCUGUUGAUGUUGAAAACCUUCUCACAAAAAUAUUUUUUUAUUUUUUAUAUUUUUACUGUUAGAGUUGAACGACUGAAAAGCUUUUGCGAGUUUGUUGGUCAGGAGUAUCAUAACAUCCUUAGACACAGCCAUGUCCGCUGGCUGUCCAUGAUACCCGCUCUGGAAAGAGUGCUGAAAAUGUAUGUGCCACUGAAAACUUAUUUUCUCUCUUGAGAAAAAUGCCCUGUUGUUCUGCAGAGAAUCUUCGAAGAUCCACUGACUGAAAUGUUGUUGGCCUUUGCCCAUGGAAACCUGACCAUUUUCAGUGACGGUAUCAAAAUGAUUGAUUGUCAGAAUUGCUCAGCUGUGGAGUCUGCUGCAGUUUUGAAAAACCUGGAGGCAAAACUUAUAGCAAAAUGGGGUGACAACUUCAUUCCCCUGCUGGCCAAAGGACUCAAAAGCAAUUCAAAUAUUGAAUUGCACCAAAAUGGUGCAUUGUCAAGAGAGACCUUCCUCAAAACUUCCAAGUCAUUCUUCACCACGGCUGUGAACUAUUUGCAAGCAUGGGGAAAGCAUGCAGACAGUUUCAACAACCUACCCUGUCUCCUUUUAAAGAAGACACCUCAGUGUGAAGAGAUCCAGAAGGCCACAGACACACUUAAAGAAAAAUGCCCAAAUGUCGUCAUCAAAGAAGAUGAUUUAUUUGACGAGGUUUCUGCCCGGCAUGAGUUCCCAAAGGGGGGCUCACUUGAAUGAAUGGAGAAAAUUGGAGACACCACUCAAUCAGAGAUGGAGAGCAGUGUUUAACCACUUUGAAGAAAAGUACAUCUCACACACAAAUCUGGCUAGAUUAGUCUCUAUUGUCUUGUGUUUACCUGUAAGUCAGUAGAGGGGGUAUUCUCCAUAAUGAAUGACAUAUGGACUGAUACCAGAAAUAGGUUCACUGUUCAGUAAGCAUGGCAUCAAGCCCAUAUUUAUUGUCAAGACAAACAUAAACCUCUCUUGCCAAGAGUUCAUGGAGAUGCCGGCAAAAGACAGAGCCAUCCUGAAAAGAAUCCAUUCGUCAGAGAAGUGUACAGAUUAGGGAGAGGGAGACUAAGAGAGAGACUGGGAAAUUGAGUGUCUGGCAAAGCAGGAGUAGAAAUUCAAUGGGAGCCAUGUUGCAUUUGAGAAGACGAGAAUAUACACUGACCUUUUAUUAUAAUUAGUAACUUUUCUCAAUGCUAUUUGUAAAUAUGGGCUAUUCUUUGAUUUUUAUAGAUUGCUAUUACCUCUGUUCCUCUGUUUUAGUUAUCAAUUUUUGUUCUAUCCAAACUACCAGGGAUACCGUUUUUAGUCUUUGCUCUUUUGUGAAUUAUACUGAUAUAAUACUUGUAAAUAGGAUGAUUUUAUAAAGUUGCUGGAGAAGGGGUGGGUUUUAAUAAGUUUAUUCUUCCACCCACCCCUUUAAAUGUUUAUUGUUCAUUACAUUGCUGUGAUUUUUUUGUAACUUGGAGCGUUCAAUGUGAAUACGAAAAGGUUGUGUUCAGGUUUGUCUGUGACACAUUUAUUAUAUAUACCACUUACAAAUAAAGCCUCUGUGAUGAAAUAUUGAAUUGAUUUCAGUGGUAAAGUAAUGCAGUGAGUGAUGCAGCCUUGGACCGGCCCUGCAUGAUGAGUUAAAUCUGCUGCAUUGCGGGCAGAUAUGAGUAUAUG